GUAUUCCGGUGCAGCUCAGAAGGUGACAAUAAUACAAAUAUCGUAAAACCCACAGAUGUCGAGAAGGAGUGAAAAGCGACAGACGGCAGAGGGCAGCACUUCACGGAGACCAGUCGGCUAAACAAACGAAGAAGUGUUCUGGUCCACUUCCGGUUAUAGCAGUCCCAAACAAACACCAUUGAGUUGUGGUUUUAAAAGGCGGAUUUAUAAGUCACAUCGUGCUCAAAAUGGCUGUGGCCGUGAGUUCAACAUGUCCAGGGCUGUACUGUGGCAGGAUGAUGGUCAACGGCUCAGUGGAGGGAGAAUGUGGUGUUUGUCCUCGAGGAGAGCGGGCCAACAUGCAGAAAGUGUGUGAGCGCUGCAUCGAGUCUCCUGAGAUCUAUGACUGGCUCUAUCUGGGAUUUAUGGCCAUGUUGCCUCUUGUGUUGCACUGGUUCUUUAUUGAAUGGUACUCUGGAAAGAAGAGUUCCAGUGCUUUACUACAACAUGUGACCGCCAUGUUGGAGUGCAGUAUGUCAGCUGUGGUCACUCUGCUGGUCACAGAGCCUGUGGGAAUGCUCACUAUCCGUUCUUGUCGAGUGCAAAUGCUUUCAGACUGGUACACCAUGCUGUACAACCCAAGUCCAGACUAUGUCAACACAUUACACUGCACUCAGGAAGCUGUGUACCCACUCUACACCAUCGUGCUGAUCUACUAUGCAUUUUGCUUGAUACUAAUGAUGAUGCUGCGUCCUCUGUUGGUGAAGAAGAUGGCGUGUGGUUUGGGCAAAUCCGACCGUUUUAAGAGCAUCUACGCUGCUCUGUACUUUUUCCCGAUCCUCACUGUGCUGCAGGCUAUAGGAGGAGGACUGCUCUACUAUGCAUUCCCCUACAUCAUCCUGGUCCUGUCUCUCGUCACGUUGGCUGUUUACAUGUCUGCCUCUGAGAUACAGUCUUUUAAGAAUCUGGUUGCCAAGAAGAAACGUCUCAUUGUCCUGUUCAGCCACUGGCUGCUGCAUGCUUACGGCAUCAUCUCAAUCUCCCGACUGGACAAGCUGGAACAGGACCUGCCGCUGUUGGCCCUCGUGCCAGGACCCGCUCUGUUUUACAUCGUCACAGCCAAAUUCACUGAGCCCAGCCGCAUCCUCUUGGAAGCUGGCAAUGGACACUGAGCUGGAUUUAUCAGGAGUUCAAUAAAUAACUCUUGAAAAAAAACAAGAAGUCACAGCAGGUUGCCCCUGUCCAGUGUGGUGUCUUGAAAUUGUCUGUUUAUUUUUACGCAGAGUUCAAAAUCUCAGUCAGUGAGGAGUCAGGCUCCAAAUGCCAGACAUAGUUUGUCAGUUUUUUUUUUUAACUCAUGAAAUAUAAGCUCAAUAAUUCAUUCACGUUCAGCUUCAGUUCACAUGUGAAGUGUCUACAGGCUUGACAUGACAAUGAUGUGGUCCCAGAAGUCUGUCGUGUACAGUAAAGUGUAUGCACGUUGUUAAGUGUGAUGGAAGGUUUGAUCUUUCCACUGGAGCUGAGCAGCUGUUUCUUUAAGUAAGGUUGAGUUUUGCAGCAGCUGCUCAAUGAUUUCUAAACAGUUAACGGGUCGCUGCUUUUAAUGUUAGCCAGGAUUGGAGCUUGAAGCCAUUGAGCUUUAUUUUAUAUUUUGAUUGGUGUUAGAAUUUCUCCAGAGGAAAAUUACUCCAGCAGAUAUACUUGAAAAUGUUUGUAUGUUGACUCCUGUAGCGGGGUUUAAUAUUUCUGCCUUCACAGGUUUGUGGAGGUGAAAGUGUACUGUAUAUACUGUACAUUGCUUGUAAAUAUUAGUGUAUUCAGUAUGUUUAUCUGCAUAUACAUAAUUUAAAACUAACAUUUUGAAUGUCAUCUUUGUGUUGCUGACUGUAUUGAUCCUUGUUACCAUGAGAUUCAACUUUUAUUGGUCUCAAACAUUUACAUUCAAAGGUAAAGUGUACACCUGUGUUACUGCAGGUCGACCUGUGUGAGGAUGCACUUUGAUCUGCAGAUCAUUUUGCUCACAGUCAUCUGUAUAGGCUGUAAAAUGUUGUUUCUUUGUAAAUUAAUAAAGGUGUCAGAAAAUGA